CAUUAGCCAUCAUCUCAUCAUAUCACAUAUCUUCACGCAUUCCCCCCCUUUUUAUCUCUCUCCCACUAUUUCUUUUUCUCUCUUCUUUCUCGGAUAACAAAAAAAAAAGUAUCAAUAAUUAGCAUGGAGUGUAUUGCAGCAAGAGCGUUGAAGUCAAGUUUUCUAUCAGAAAUUAUGGGCCUAAAUUCAACCCAACAACAACAACAACAACAGCUUGACGAUUUUUGGUGUGUUACCGGAAUUAAUAAUAUUUCCGGCGAAGAAUUUUCCGUCGACGAUCUUUUAGACCUUUCUGAUAAAGAUUUUAGUAUUUCUGGUGAUGGUUCAUCUGAAGAAGAUUUUUCCUCGGUUUCUUCGCCGGAUUUUGAUAUUCUUUCUACCAAUUCUUCUAGCUCCGGCGAACUUGUUUCUCUCACCGGUGACAACCUUCCCGCGCCGGUGGAUGAUAUGGAAAGCCUUGAAUGGUUAUCAAAAAUUGUGGAUGAUUCUUUAUCGGAGCAUCCAAUUUUGAACCCGGCGGUGAAUUUGAAGGAUAGAACCGGGUUGAACCGGUUUGAACCCGUGGUUAUGGUAACAACCCAAACUUUCACGGUUUUGGGCUUACCCUACCAGGUUCCAAGAAAGUCCCGAACCAAAAGGUCAAGAAAAGCCGGCCGGGUUUGGUCAAAUGCUUCGCGCUCACUGACCGAGUCGUGUUCAAGUUCCUCAUCGUCUCAUGAGUCGUCAUUAACGUCUCCCAUGCUUUUCAGAAACCCGGUUUAUUACAUUGAUUUUUUUGAUACUAAACCGGCCGCGAAGAAACAGAGAAAAAGUCCAGGUUACCAAACCGGACCGGGGGUGAACGAGUCACUGAGUCAACGGCGGUGUACUCAUUGUCAAGUUCAAAAAACACCUCAAUGGCGAACCGGUCCAUUAGGUCCGAAAACAUUGUGUAACGCUUGUGGGGUCAGGUUCAAGUCCGGUCGGCUUUAUCCUGAGUAUAGACCGGCUUGUAGUCCAACGUUUUUGGGGGCUGUUCACUCAAACAGCCACCGAAAAGUGUUGGAAAUACGAAAGAAAAAGGAAACAGAAGUUGAAACGGGUAUGAACAUUCCGAUUGAGAUAGGCUCUAGUUAGAUAACUGAACCCGGUUCAGUAGGAUAGGCCAGUUCCGGUUGAAAUUUUGGUGGGCCGAUUUAAAGACUUUAGUUAGUUAUUAGAUUGGUAAUGGUAGGUUGAUUUAGUGAGGCCUGGUUAGAUUUAUUAUAGUAGUGUUAUUUAUACUUUAUUUUUUUUUUGUUAGAAUUUGGUUGUUUUUAAUUAGGUAAUAUCGAGGGGUACUUUAUUCGAUAGAAGUUGUAUUUCUAUGUUGGACAAGUAAUUUUGGUUAGAAAAUUAAAUAUUGCAUGUGGAGACGUUGCUAAA